UCUCUCUCUCUCUCUCGUGCGUGGGGUUAGUCUGACAAUCAAGAAGCAGCGAUGACUACAGUACCAUCAAAGCUCUACGCAGACGAUGUGAGUCUUCUUAUGGUCUUAAUCGACACCAACCCCUUCUUCUGGAGCACAGUCAAGAACACAUUCACAUUCUCAAAUUUCCUGUCUCACGUGCUACCGUUUUUGAAUUCGAUUCUUCUACUCAAUCAGCUCAACCAGGUUGUAGUUAUAGCUACUGGCUAUAAUUCCUGUGAUUAUAUAUAUGAUUCCUCAUUGGCGGCGCCAAACCAGAGGGCGGAGAGUUUGUUGGGGAAGUUGGAGGAGUUUGUGACUAGGGAUGAGGAAUUGAGCCAGCAGAACUCAAUUGAGGGUGUUUGGUCUUCUUUGCUAUCUGGGUCUCUUUCCAUGGCUCUUUGUUAUAUCCAGAAAGUAUUUCGUUCUGGGCCGCUUCAUCCACAGCCUCGGAUAUUGUGUUUGCAUGGAUCACCAGAUGGUCCCGGACAAUAUGUUGCAAUCAUGAACUCAAUUUUCUCUGCCCAGCGUUCAACGGUACCUAUAGAUUCAUGUGUUAUAGGAUCUCAACAUUCUGCUUUCUUGCAGCAGGCAUCUUAUAUAACCGGGGGUGUAUACUUGAAGCCUCAGCAAUUGGAAGGGCUGUUUCAAUAUCUAUCGACAGUAUUUGCAGCUGAUUUGCAUUGUCGCAGCUUUUUACAACUUCCUAAGCCUGUAGGGGUGGAUUUUCGUGCCUCGUGCUUUUGCCACAAAAAUACAAUUGACAUGGGCUACAUAUGCUCUGUUUGUUUAUCCAUUUUCUGUAAGCAUCACAAGAAAUGUUCAACCUGUGGGUCAGUUUUUGGUCAGGCCCAAACUAAUGUUGCCUCAGCAUCAGAUCGUAAGAGAAAGACUACCGAGACGUGA